CGGUACCUGGGCAGUACCGGGGCUGUUCCGGGGCGGUCCCGAGGCGGUUCCCGGGCGGUACCUGGGCCGUUCCUGGGCGGUCCCGGGGCGGUUCUAGGGCAGUACCGGGGCUGUUCCGGGGCGGUCCCGGGCCGUUCCGGGGCGGUGCCGUGGCCGGGGCCGGUCGCACCAUGGCCGCCGCUGCGGUGCUGGCGCUGCUGGCGCUGCUGGCGGCGGCCGGGGCCGAGCGGGGCCGGAAGGUGUCCAUGGAGUACAACCCUGGCUGGAACAGCUCUUCUGUGAACCUGCUGCACGUGCGGGCAGUGGGGCCUGAGGACACCCUGCACUACGUGUGGAGCAGCAUCGGGGCCCCUUCUGUGCUCCUGGUGGCCACCAAGAGCCCCAGCAGUGCCCUGAGGGUCAACUGGACCCAGCUGCUGUCACCCAGUCCUGCUGGAGCCAUCUGGAUCGACCCUCCCGACAGCGUGGUCUAUUCCACAGCCGUGGUUUUCACCAAGCUGUUCGAGUUCAGCGAGGCCAAACCUUCGGGGGAGCUCUUCUACCCCACCUACGAGCUGUCGGAGUUCUCCUGGGACAGCCUCAACCACACCCUGAACCACACGGCGCUGACGGCCGAGCUCAGCGGGGCCCCGGCCACCGACCCCGGCGGCGCCUUCGCCAACGGCAGCCUGGCACUGCGGGUGACAGCCUACGAGGCGGCAGGCCGUGCCGGGGAGCUGCCCAGGCUGCUGCACACGGCGGACAGCUCUCAGCUGCAGUUCAUCCUGGCCGGGGUGGCUCCCCGGGGGAACGGCUCCCGCUUCCUGCUGCAGCUGGCCACGGUGGAGCCGGCGGGGGCGGCGCGGCGCCUGCACACCGACCGCUCCAUCGACGACGAGUACACCCCCAGCGUCUUCCAGGUGCUGUCCCUGCUGGCAGAGCCCCCCAACAGCAGCUCCCCGCUGCCCUUCCUGCAGUGGAAGGCUGUGGCCUACGGCUCGCGGAGCCCGCGGCGCGAGGACAGCAUCCAGUGCAGGGCCCAGGGGCUGUCCCUGGCCAACGGGAGCCUGCCCGGGGCCAGCGUGCUCCAGGCCUUCUUUGGGGACACCUGGCACAGCAGCUGCACCGUCAGCGCCCUCAAUGUGUCCUUUGGGGGAGAGGAGGGACAGGUGUACCAGGAGAGGAGGUACCUCAGCUGGUCGGUGCUGCUGGGUUUCGGGGAGCCCCCCAGGGACACCUUCUCGCCGCUGGUGAUCUCCAUCACGGCCGUGGCGCUGGGCACGCCGCUGGCCAUGCUGCUGCUGGGCAGCUGCCUGCUGCUGCUGGCACACAGGCGCCGCUACUCGGAGUACGAGCCCAUCAACUGAGGGGGCCGGGCCCGGGAGACCCCCGGGACCCUCCCCUCCACUCCCGGGUCCUCCCACUCCCGGGUCCUCCUCCCCGGGAUUCCCGGAUUGCCUUUUGGGAAUGGCCGUGGAGACCCCCGGGAUCCUCCCCUCCAUUCCCGGGUUCUCUUCCCCAGGAUUCCCUUCCCGGGAAUGGCCGUGGAGACCCCGGGCACCCUCCCCUC